AUGUUAGAUUAUGAACUUCAAGAAUUGUUAAGUAUGAAGACUUUGGUUGUAGCAAGUCUUAAAGUAGGAAACUUUUUUUUUUUGGUUUUAAGUAGGAAACUUCAGUUGUGAGAAGUCCAAUGUAUCAAACUUCUCUUGCAAGAACUCUAGCCCUUUUUAUUCUUCAAAGGGGUUAAUAGUCAGAGCAGAGCAAAACACCGGACAUGUACCAAAACAGGAACCAAUAGGAUAUUAGACGGGAAAGCAAUGAGGAAUAUAAUUGCCCUAUUAAACAAGAAAACUUCCACAAAUUGCUUCCAUCGGAAUGUUUAAAUCAUGGACUGCAAAAAGGAGAGUUGCAAGGAAAGCAUCAUUUCUAACCCAAUUAGUGCUUCCUAACAUAUAUAUCACCUAAAACCAUGCUUAACAACCAAACUCAAAAUCAAUUUCAAUAAAUGUCUCUGUUUUUAUCUUCAACAGCGAACAUUUUAAGCUCUCUGUAUUUGAAAGUGUCGGAGUUAUUGGGCACUGCCAAGAACUAUAUUGUGAACAAGGCCAGGGGUUAUGUUUUGGCAAGGUUGGUUGAGAUGCAGAGGAGGUCUGCGCUUAUUGUAGACCUUCAACUUGAGGAUAUAAGCUUCGAGUCCAUAGAUCUCCUUUUCAAGAUCUCUGUGUACAACUCAUUUCAGUUUUCUCUGCCUGUCAGUCAAGCCUCCUUCAAAAUGAAAAUCGGUGGCAGUGAACCUUUAUUAGGGAAAUUGAAGGAACCUGUGUACAUAAAGGCAGGAGCAGAUUCUAUAUUGCUUUUGUCAGCGAAGGUGCCAUUUAGUAUGCUUAUAAAUUUGGCAAAUGACAUUUCUGUAGAUGCAGACGUUGACUACCGGAUCGAUUUCCAACUCACAAUUCACCUUCCUAUCAUCGGCAACAUCUCUUUACCACUUCCUUGCCAACAAGGCGAGACCAAGAUCUCCGAUUUGUUUAGCAAUUUGAUGGAUCAAAUCAUGAUGAGUUGGUGAUGCCUUGGAGCAGAAACAAUAAAAUACUACAACAAGAUGCGAAUGAAGCUAGGUGCUUAAUCGGAUGAACUGAUAAAGCUGUAUAUUUUGAUGCGAGUAUUUUGACGUAUAUUUAUGGUUCUUAUUCCUGAACUCUGGGAUGUCCAAUUCAUCUUUAUGUGAAAAUUCAAACUCUUAUUGAUGUUUUUCU